AUGUUGAAAUUCCCUAUCCCGGAGGAGGGAAAGACGAUUCAUGGGGAACAGCCGGCGGCAAGGGAAAUGUUCGCGGUUGAAGAAGAAACUCCCGUAUCGAAGGCACCAUCAUUGAAGGAUGUUGACAAGUCAGUCAAAGAGAUACUCUGGGCUUACAGAACGACCUCAAGGUCGAGCACUGCGGGAACGCCUUUUUUCCUAGUUUACAGAGCAGAGGCUUUAAUACCUGUGGAGGUCGGUGAGCCAAGCUUAAGCUUUCAGUACGCAAUAGACAAAUCAAAUGACGAAGCCAUUGCUAUAAAGCUUGAUUUGACGGAUGAGCUUCGGGAAACUGUGUUGGACCGUUUGACAGCACAGAAGCAACACAUGGGGAUAUAUUGCAAUCGAAGAAUGAAUCUUAGAUACUUCCAAGUUGGGGACUUAGUUCUACGAAAGUUACUAGUUCUACGGAAAGUUAAGCUUCACACCAAAAAUCCUAGUGACGGGAAGUUGGGUUCGAAUUGGGAAGUUCCAUAUAGAGUAACCGGGAUAACCGAUAAAGGCUUGUACCAAUUAGAAUCUGAAGAUGGUCAGUAG